AUGGGCUGUGCUGCUGCUGCUCCUACAUUGGUUUGCGUGAAGCGAGUGAAGCAAGAUGAAGCAGAAGAGUGGGACGAAACCAUGCCAUUGCCCGGAGACAUCAUCGAAGGGUUUGCCGAAAAGGAUGGCGACGACGACGAUGAUGAUGAUGCGUCAUUUGUGGCUGUUAAAGGUAGGUCGGACCUGAGUUCGCAGCUGGGGAAGAUGGUCCAAAAGGUGGAGACGAUAUGGGUGAAGGUUAGGAGAGGCGACAGAACGCAUAAGCUUCGUGUUCGGGUUGUGGCGGACAAGAGCUACAUAUUGCAUAAGAAGUAUACGAUCAGAGCGGCUAGGGAUGACAGACAUAUUGCAGUUUUGGGUGAUUUGACGUUGGAGAAAUGCACUACACUUCAAGCAUUUAGAGGGUUCAACCGAAAGGAAGUGAAGUACGAUUGGAAGAGGAAAGUGGAUACUUACUUGCCGGAUCAAGCCUCCACUGUGGUCGCUUCCAUUCUUUUCAUGCCUUUUCAAGGUGAAUAUUACAUUGAGGCUACCAUAUCAAGGUGCAUGGCUUGGUUUUCUGCAGCUGUAUCUUCUGGGGUUCCUCUUGUCUUCGUCAAUAUCCAAACUGAACAGAUUGUCACUUCGGAGAAAACAAAUCAAAAUGGAAAGGAAAUAAGUCGAGGAGGGAAGCAACAAAACACAAGUACAUCUGUAGAAUUAGUGCAAGGCAUAAGGCUAUGGUUUCUACCUGGAGUGGAACAAGUAUUGCUUGAAAUGAUACCUGAACCUGGAGAAACUCGGUUCGGUUUGGACAUAAAACGAACCGACGAGGGUUUUAUAUGCGUGAGCGAAGUAACAAAGGGUUCGGCUGCCGACCGUGCUGGCUUGCAGCAACUACUUGAUGAAGCCAAUCUUACAAAGCAUCUGCUUGUUAUCUCUCGGUUAGAAGGCAAGAGUGUAAUGCCUUCGACCGUUGGCUCUGCUGGGUUUAUACAUUGUUGUGAUCACGAUGAAAUAAAGGACGCCCUAGCUUCGGCGAUAGAAGGAUUGGAUAUAAUUCAACUUCAUAUCAUGGCCCGGCCUAAUCAAACUCGACCAGAAACCCCGCAAGCGAUCGCCCCUGAGACCCUCAGGCCUCCUAAGCCGCCGCUGUGA